AUGAGGAGAGCUGGACUUCACAGGCAGCAUGGAAGAAAUGCCGGAGGAUCUGGAUUCAAAGGAAUGGUUACGAAGUUGUCAAUUGCUGCUGCGGUACUCUUGAUCUGCACGCUCUCAUUGUUCUUCUCUACAUCAAGAACCUCAAAUGUUCAAUCCAAUUUUCGCACAGAGAUCCAUUUAGAAGAACUUUGGAGCAGUGCUGAUUCCGGUAGUUGGAGACCAUCGUCUACUCCGCGAUCUCAUUGGCACCCUCCUCCGAGCAAGAGUAAUGGCUAUUUGCGUGUUCGAUGCAAUGGUGGGCUAAAUCAGCAGCGUACUGCAAUCUCUAAUGCUGUUCUUGCUGCGCGGAUCAUGAAUGCUACACUAGUGCUGCCUGAGUUGGAUGCAAACUCCUUUUGGCAUGAUGAAAGUGGUUUUCAUGGUAUCUACGAUGUUGAGCACUUCAUCCAGACACUGAGGUUUGAUGUAAAGAUUGUAGAAAGCAUUCCAGAAAAUGAGAAAAAUGGCAAAAAGAAGAAAAUAAAGGCAUUUCAGCUCCGCCCUCCUAGAGAUGCUCCUAUAAGUUGGUAUACUACCGACGCACUCAAGAAAAUGAAAGAACAUGGUGCUAUCUAUCUUACUCCCUUUUCACACCGAUUAGCGGAAGAAAUUGACGAUCCUGAGUACCAAAGAUUGAGGUGUAGGGUUAACUAUCAUGCUUUAAGAUUCAAGCCACAUAUUAUGAAGUUAAGUGAAUCAAUAGUUGAUAAGCUACGUGCACAAGGGCCCUUCAUGUCCAUACAUCUUCGGUUUGAGAUGGAUAUGUUGUCAUUUGCUGGAUGCUUUGAUAUAUUUACGCCCGAGGAGCAGAAGAUUCUAAAGAAAUAUCGAGAAGAAAAUUUUGCACCUAAAAAACUUAUCUAUAAUGAAAGAAGAGCCAUUGGAAAAUGCCCAUUGACACCCGAGGAGGUUGGUCUUAUUUUGCGUGCAUUGGGUUUUGACAAUUCUACCAGGAUAUAUCUUGCUGCCGGUGAAUUGUUUGGCGGGGAUCGAUUUAUGAAUCCAUUUCGAAGUUUAUUCCCUAGACUUGAGAAUCAUUCUUCUGUAGAUCACUCCGAAGAGCUUGCUGAGAACACUAGGGGAUUGGCAGGUUCAGCUGUGGAUUACAUGGUCUGCCUUCUUUCUGACAUUUUCAUGCCAACCUAUGAUGGUCCAAGCAACUUUGCAAACAACCUCCUUGGGCAUCGCCUUUAUUACGGCUUCCGGACUACAAUCAGACCUGACAGAAAGGCUCUUGCCCCCAUCUUCAUUGAUAGAGAGAAAGGCCAAAUGACCGGUUUUGAUGAAGCUGUUAGGAAAGUCAUGCUUAAAACAAACUUUGGUGAACCACAUAAGCGUGUUUCUCCUGAGUCUUUCUAUACUAAUUCUUGGCCUGAAUGUUUCUGCCAAACAUCAACAAAGAACCCAGCAGACAAAUGUCCACCAAAUGAUGUUUUAAGUGUUAUGCAUGACCAAUUGAAUAAACAAGUUACAGAUACAAACUCUACAAUAGCUUGA